GUAGAAUUAACAAACAUAAAAACAAUUCAUACAAAUAAUGUUAAGUAUGAAACAUUAAACAUAACAUAUCCUGAAGAAAACAACAUAUGGGAAUUAAUGGAAUCUCUACCAUACAGUCAGUCUUCACAUGAUUAUACUACAAAUACAUUCAGCAUUGUAUUUAUAAUUUUUGUGCUUGGAAUAAUCUCAAGUAUUGUUGUUAUUAGAUGGUAUACAAAAAAGUAGUUUUAAUAAAAAUAUACAAAUUUAAAAACAAAAAUUAUCAACAGUUUUAUUUUUAAAUAUAAUAUGUAACAAUAAAUAUGAUAAUUAUGUCAAUAGUAUAUAUUAUGGAUAGUGUGCAUGACCCAAUUUACAAUCAGUAAUAUUAAUUAAAAGACUAAAUAAAAUAUAAUAGUUAAAAAAAAAAACUUAAAUUCUUCAUUUUUUUUGUUUUUUAUAAAGUUAUUGAACUUAACCCACAUAAUUUUGAAUGUGAUUUAAACUAGAUUAGGUUUUUGUUUGCUACCUUAAUUAGUCUUUAGGAUAAAAAUAAAUAAUUAAGUUGUAGGAAGUAUACAAUAACAUACUUAUGUAAAGUUAAGAACAAUAAAAUUUCAAAAACUAAUUAAUCUAAUUAAGUAUUGAAUUUGAAAUAAUAGUGCUUAAAUUGUUCAAUUGAAAGUUAACAUAAAACAUGUUUUGAUAAAGAUUUCUAUACAACUGUAACUAAUUAAUAUAAUAUUAAGCACUAAAAAAAAGAAAAUUAAAUAAAGUGAAAAUGGAAGUUAAAUGUAUCGAUAUAAACCAUUUACUGCAAUAUAUUAUAUUUUGUUUAAGAUUUAAAUACGAAUGAAAUAUUUUUUUUUUGUUUUUUUUUUUAAUAAAAAUUAUCACGGACAGUAGAUUAAACAUUAUACUUAAGAAAGUUGACACUCAGUUACGAUGAGUGUCUGAGUUUGAGAAGUUUCAACACCAUUGGGUUUAAUGCGAACAUUAUGCAAUGAUCCCAUGACAUUGUCUUUAUUGAUAUCAUUAGAAUUACUGUAACGCAAAUAUGCAAAACCUCUAGGACCUCUCCAAGUGAUAUGCCUAGAAAAAUGUAACAUUAAAUGACGUUUCAUAAGAAAUAAGAAUAAUUCAGUUAGAAGCAUACAAUGGUUUAACUCCACGCUCCAUUAAAGCAGCUUUUAAAUCACGUACUCUGACGUUAUUAGCAAUGUUUCCAACUUUAAGUACAAAUUCAUCACCACUAAAUGAUCUUGAAUAAUUUGGUUUUUCAUUAGGGUUGAAGUAUCCUGUGCUGCGUGUGCUAUUGAAACGAGAUCGAGAUUCACGUACAUAGUCAUCUCUCUGUAAAUUAAAUUUUAUUUAGUUUAAAUAUUGAAAAUAAAUAAUGUUUAAAUUAAUAAUAUUUACUCCAUUUGUUGGUAGAUGUAUAGUUUGUGGUGCCAUUACAUUAACAUAACGUGGAGGUCGAAAAACUCUAGAAUUAGUGUAACCUUCUUGACGAAUCGAUCCUUUGGAAAAACUAUUACGAUGAUUGUUUACACCUUCAUCAUAAUAACUAUUUUGAUGAGACAAUGAAUUAUUUGAAAAACUAUUGUGACGAAUAGCAUUAUGAUUCAUGUUUCCACCAUUAUGACGAGAGCUAGGGCCAUUGAAGCUGUUAUGACGUGAAGUUGAACCACUGAAGCUGUUAUGACGAGACAUUGAACCAUUAAAGCUGUUAUGACGUGAAGUUGAACCAUUAAAGCCGUUAUGAUGAGAAGUUGGCCCAUUGAAAUAUCUAGACUGACGAGGAGCCGGGCCAUUUGAAUAUCUGUUUUGAUGCAUGGGAGCUGACCUACUGGAAUCACGAUGAUGCUCUUGACUAUUAGACCUACUCACAGGCCGAUCCUGAGAAUAACUAUUGUAACGAUUUUGUGAAUAAUAUUUUCUAGGACUUUGUUUGUAUUCUCUAGAGGCCAUAUGUCCAACAGACAUAUCACGAUUAUGAUCUUGGUGAUCAAUAUAAUCACGUCUUGUUGCACGAGAACUACUACGAGAUUGUUGAGACUUAUUUUUGGUAUAAUUCUGAACUUUUGUGUUUGAUGGACGUAAUGUUUUGUCAUUAUCAUCAGAUAAAACAACAGGUUGUUGACGUUGCUUUUGUUGAGAUCGUCGUUUAUUUUUGGGAGUAUCUAACGAUGGUGUAUCAGCAACUAGUGUAUCAGAAUUCUUAGAAUCUAAUGCUGGUGAUGUUACAGUUUUAGCAGAUUCAGAUUUAGUGCGACGUUUAUUGGGUUUUUUUGAUGAAGAACGUUGUUCCUUCUGAUCAUUUUGUUGAUUAUUGGGUCUCGAAGUUGAAUUAUUACGGUUUUGUCGGUUUGAAGUAGAUUUAGCACGUUUAUUAGGUUUAACUUUGCCAUCAGAUUUUUUUGUAGACUGCUUUGAGGUAAAAUGAUUUUUUGAUACAUCUGUAUCUUUAAAUACAGAGUCAUUAGUUUCAGAUCGAGUUGAGUAUGAGCGCUUUUGACGAUAACUGUGUAUAAAACAAAAACAAAAUCAUAAAAUAAAUACAUAAAUACAUAGAUAAACAAAUUUAUAAGUUACCCUUUGGACUUUUUGUAGCUUUUAUAAAUUUUCGACGAAGGAGGUAUUUCUUCAGGUUCACUAUCAACAUCUUUGAGAGUACAAUCUAUGUCGUCAUUGUCCUUUUCUUGUUUAGUACGCAAUAAUUGUAAUGGUGGCAUCUCUAACAACCUACGUUUAGAAAUGUAAUUCCAUAACACAUCUUUAGGACGAUCGAGUCGUGUUUCAACUCUAAUUAUUUCAGUAGAGGUAAUGAUGAUAUCUACAGGUACAUCAUAGGGCUUGAAAAUUUCUGAUGGUAGAGUGUUAAAUACCUAAAACCACAACAAUUUGUAAUUAAAUCUUUGGAUUUUUUUUUUUUACUACAACUUAAUCACUUAUGAAAUACAGUAUGAUUGGAAAUCAUUACUCAAUAAAUAAACAUUUUUAAAAACUAAUAAGAUACAUCGAGCACCACUUAAUUAACCUAACACUCCAGUAUAUUGUUAAAAUGCCAAUUAUUUUAAUUAUUAUACAUAGGAAUUUGAUGUUUUCAAUAAAGUAAGUUAAUAGACAGAAUAAAUAUGAUAAUUAAUUUGACAGUUUUUUCAAAAACAAUUUAGGCUAAAAUAGUGGUAAACUUGAAAAAAUUUAGAAAUGGUAUACUGUGCACCCAAGAAAUUGGUUAAUAAAGACAAAAUUGCCUUAUUUUUUUGAUAGAAAAAUAUUAAUAAUAUUUACUUUCUUAAUCUACUUGUGUUUGUUAUUUGUCAGGAGAGGGAAAAUGUUCAAUUAAAUUAUAUAAUGUAGGUAUAUAGUACAACCUAUAUCAAAUUUAAUAAUUCAUAUUUUUAUUAGGUAAUUUUAAUAAAAUAAUUAAGAAAAAACAAAAUUAUUAAAUGGUUAAUACACGCUAAAAAAAUAAAUGAAUGAAUGCAUCACCUGGAGUAUUAUGAAAUGUGUAUAGAAUGACCGGUAUAUCAAAUUAAAAAUUCAUCAUUAAUUCCAUAAUACUUUAGGCAACAAAUUAAUUAAUUAAAUUAAAUAUUUAAUAAUUUUAAAAAUCAAUUAAAUUAAUUUUAAUAAAAACAAAAGAUGACUGAAUAAACUGUAACUGAUUUGAUCACAUACCUGUGAAUCAUGAACAAUAGUAACUAUGACAGUAUUGUCAGACACCAUAUUCAUAGAAUUCAAAAUAACAUAUUCUAAAUCGCAAAAUCCGUCUCCAAUUCCAAUUCUACAACCUAAUAUGAUAAAACAAAUAUUAUUUUGUAUUAAUAUAAAUAAAAAGAGCAGUAAAUUUUACCUUUACGAUCAACAGCAACUGAUCCCAGAAUAAUCAUGUCUAUAUGAUAUCCUUCAUUAUUUUGAUCCAUAGUUAUUAAUUUGUGUCCCCAUCUACGAAGGCCUUUUUGGGUGCUAGCUAAUUUCAGAUCAUUUAUCGAUGGUUCGGGAAAUGGCAGAGAUACAUUUUGAAGGAGUCCUUCUUUUAAACGAAGCAAUGGGACUAAUAGUCUUUUACCCCACUAAAAAAAAAGGAUAAAUUAAUACAUUAAAUAGUUAUACAUAUAUAUAAAAAAAUAAUAAAAAUAUGUAAAAUAGUUUUUAUAAACUAAAGGAACAAUCGCAAGAUGGGGUAAGAAAACACAGAAAAAUUGAAAACAGGACAAUUGAAGAACAGUAAGUAGUGACACCAAAUGAAUUGUUAAGUCAAAAAGAGAGAAGUUUAAUUACUAAAAAUAUUAAUUGAUUAAAAAAAAUAUAUUUGCAUUUAAUAAUCUAGUACAAAUAUUAUAUUAAUAAACCAAAAGUUUUACUUAUUAGUAAUAAUUCUUUAAAUAAAAUGGCAACUUACAUUAAGAGUUAUAAAACGAGCCGUUUCUUGAGCUUUAUCAGGAGUAACUUGAAUUGUCUUAGCUUUUUUAAAUUCAUCUAAUUUUUCCAAUGAUUGAGUAGCAUUAGGACAUCCCUUAAAAUUUGGAAUCCGAUUAAAGCAAGGUUUUGGAAAUACAACUAAUGAGUUUUCUUCCAAAAAUUUCCAAACUUUUUGACGGAUAUCUUUCUUAGAUGUUAGCUCCAAAAUAAUAUUGUCAUCAAUACGUAAUGGUUUAGUUAAAUCGUCUGAACUUUGAAUAGUUACAACUUCAUUCAAAUCAGCUUUUGUAAAUUCUUGAACUUCAAUCUCAUUUGAUUCCAGACAAAUAUCCUCUUUAUCUUCUUUAACCUCAUUUGAUACACUAGUUUCAUUUUCUAUUGUAACUAAAUCCUUUUCAUUGGAAAUUUGAAUAUUUUCAGAUUGAAUUUCUUCAAAAUUAUCGAAACCUUUGAUUUUUUCUGGUUCGUCAGAUUUCAUACAUUGGUCAGUAGAUUGUUGUUUCUCUGGUUCUUUAGAUAGGUCAGUUUUAGAAGUAGCUAAACAUAAAAUAAUAAGUGCAUUCCAAAAUAAAUAUUUAAAACGCAAUAUUUAAAAAAAUAAGUCUUAUAUAACAUAGUACUAACUUAAGUUUGUAAGAUUUACUGGCGGUGUUUUAGACACUGGACUUUUCAGUGCAGGAUUCGAUUUGCCUCUAGUUGAUAGGGCAAGUUUUUCAGCAAGAGAAAGUGUUUUAUUAUUACUUCCUGGGCUUGAUUUGGUUGAAGACGGUGAUGAACGUACAGUUUUAGAUAAGCUUGUAGAAGCGCCAUCAGACUUUGAACCAUCAUCAAGCAUUUUAGGGCUUUUUGGUGAACCAGUUGUAGUUUUUGAUUGACUCAUGCUUCCAGAAACUACAAGUUUUGGACUGGGAGGAUUUUUUAACUUUGAACCUUCGUUAGGAAAUUGAUGCAAAUCUAAUAACACAAAGUUAUUUGAAAAAUUAAAAAAAUUGUAUCUACACAAAUUCUUUAAAGCUAGCUUUUCUGGAGAAAAUCUGAAAUAAAUUGAAAAUGAAAGAAAGGAACUAAGGAUAAAUAAAAUUAAAACAAAGUAUGUAGAGUAUGAGUUUGCAGGAAUAGGACACAGCUAAUGAUAAUAAGCGUAGUUGAGUUUUAAGUACCUAGGAUUUUGUACAAAAGAACGGUGGCUUCUAUGAGGAUGUAAAACAUAGGGUAACAUAUGAUUGGAACAGUGGAAAGAAGCAUCAGGUGUUUAGGUAACAAGUGAAUUCCAACGAGACUUAAGAUAAGUUCUACGAAAGUCUGGAGAGAGUGAUAAUGUUGUAUGGUUCUAAGUGUGGAUAGUAAACAAAAAGAAAGAGAGAAUGAGAAUAGCAGAUAUGAGAAUACUUAGAUGGAUAAGUAACAAGGAAUGAAUUAAUAAAAGGGAGCUUAGAUGUGGGUUCAAAAGUAGACAAAAUAAGAGGAAAUAGACAGAGGUGGCUAAGGCAUGUUAUGAGACAGAAAUUUAAAGCAGUAAGAAUUGAAAUGAAAAUAAACAUUGGAGGAAAGACCUUUCUUUCCCAAGAGAAAGACCCAAAGAGAUAGUUGGAUGAGACUGAGAAUGAUAUGAAGACAGUCACUGUAUUAAGGGUGAGAGAUCAGGUCAAAUGGAAGUUUAGAAUAAGGAUAACAGACCCCAAAUAAAUAGAAUGAAGGUGAAGGAGAAGAUUUUAACUAAAAAUAGCAUAAUAUUAUAUUUUGAUUUUUAAUAUAAUGAAUUAAUCUACCUUUAUAUAAUAUACAAAGUUAAAGGGCACUUUUUUAAAAGCAUAGCUAGUUAAGCAAGAUAAAUGCAAGCUUUAUAGAUUGUAGCUAAUAGGUCCACACUAAAAGAGGUAAAAAGCCAAGUCUAUCGGAAUUAAAAUGUACCAGUACCCAUAAGUACACCAUAGACUAGCCUAGGGGCCUAAUACAAGAUUUUUGGAAUUUUUAGAACAAAAAUUUAUUUACUUUUGAUGGUUUAGGGUUACUUUGACGAUAUGGAUAAAAAUAAAGUUAAUUUAAUUAUCACAAUCAAAGUUUAAGUACCCUUAAAAAAAAAUUUAAAUAUUACCUACUGGACAGUAACGGUUAAUGGGGAAAUUAACUUUAAAUUUUUUUUUCCUAAUACUAUACAUAUACAAAAAAAUUAAUUUGUAAACAUUUACAGGCAUGUAGUAAUAGGGAAAGGAAAGGAAAAAGGGAACCACAUAUUUAUUUUUAUUAAAUACCGUUAGAGGCAGCUAUACUAGAACAGCUGGUAAGAAUAGAUUGAAGUGGCUCUUUGGGUAAAAAUCAGAAUUUCGAAAAAUGUCAAAUACAUAUAUUUUCCAUGUGCUCCUUAUAAAGUUCUAACCAAUGACACAUGAUUGAAUUUUCGAUUUUUUCUUUUCCCGCGGAAAAUGAAAAAUCCAACAAUUUAUUAAAUUAAGGAACAUUGACAAGACGGGAGCACGGAAAAUAUAAUUGGCGUUUUUUCGAUAAUUAACUUUUUUUUUUUAUUAUUACCCCAAAGGCCAAGGUACUUCAACUAUAAUAUAAAAUUGGAUUAAAUUUCGAACCCCUUAGCCAACAAUAAAUGCAAUAAACACACAAAUUCCAUAAUAUAAUAAAUUAUCAAAACCAAACAAAUUUAACUAUAAGGAUAAAAAUGAAUUUGGAUAUAAUAAUUCAAAAUAAAUAAUAGGUAAUAAAUAUUAAAGGUUACGUAAGUUGGUUAAUAUAAAUAUUACAUUUAUUUUAGAAAAAAAUAUUGAAUAUAAAAAAAGUUUGAUGGAAUCAAUACAAGGUAAACCAAUAUAGUUAUACCAAUAAAUAAUUUAAAAUUAAAUGUAGAAAUCACAUAAAUAAAAUAUACUUGUUUACAAUGUACCUUAGUAAAUAGCAUAAAUUAAAUAAUCUAAUUAUAUUAUUUGGGUAAAUACUAGCAUCAAAUAAUUUCUGUGAAAAUUAAUAAUUCAAUUAGGUAGAUUAAAAAUAUGUCAGUUUCAUAAUUCAUAAUUAAUUUUCUACGAAAUUCUUUAAAAUCAAAGGAAUAAUAAUUCAAUACUACUGACUCGUAAAAUCAAAUACAACAGCUCACAAACAAAAUAUAAAUAAGUAAUAAGAAAAAAAAAUCGGCAUUGCUUUUGCAGAAAAAGCUAUGGGUGAAGACACAAAGUUUCGCAAAAAUUGAAAUUAUCCGAGAUGCAGAGACUGGGGACGUUGUUCACGUGACCCAGUGACUAACCAAUAUUAUUAUACGAGAAUAAAUAACCAGCGAGAAAACAUACAUAAACCAAACGCGGAAAAUGGCGGACAACGAAAUAAAAAAAAAAAAUUGAAAUGCUUAUACCUAUGCGCGUGUAUAAUACUGACCUGCAGAAGUACUCGUCAUUCCUAAUUUAGACACGGACGGAUUUUUACGUUACAGGGAGAGAAUAAAAUUCGUUAUUAAAAUGACGUUUAAAUCGUAAUUCAACAAUCUAAACAGCAGCAAUAAUAAUACCGUACGACGAGGAUCGUGUUAUGACGCAAAACAAGUCAUUCGAUUUGCAUAAUAUUACACAAUGCGAGCGAUAAAUUAUUACAUUAAUAACGAUAAUUGCAUUUAAUUAACUGAUUAAUUAACAGCGGACAGUGCGCAGAAAAUUUCGAAUAGAUUGUGGCAAACGUACCGCGACAAAUGUCAAAAUGGAACGGAUAUACUUUUACACUUACCAGUAUUGCCCAUGGUGUGCACUGUAGAACUCUAUGGCAGUAAGGCAGCGUGCACAAAUAACAUAAACUCACAGGUUCGAUGGGGAAACAAAAAUGACGUUCAUCGGUUCAACUCACUCAGCGAUGGUUCGGCGGUGCGGGCUCGAUAAAAAUGUCUAUUUUCAAAGAUGUUCCGAGUGAACCCGAAAGCACCGGUCCGCGGCGCGAUAACUGAAU